CUUUGCUGUGACGUUGGACUCACGGAAAAGUUAAUCACGCUCAUCUCCAUCAAAUAUUCGACCAACCACAUCAUCGUGCCUGCUUUUUAACUAGCACACCUUCCCAGGUCAUCGGCAUAGCAACAUCGACAACCAACCAGCAACACUUUAUCGAGAGCAGCCGGACUCUAUGACUUCCACCAACUUAUAAGCGACAUCUCUAUUCAGCCCGUGGGAUUCAUUGGACGGUGUCUUAUGAGUAUAGAAUAUGCGGAGCAGUUGAAUAAGUUCUGAUUUCAACCGCGUCAAGCGACGAAUCACUUCGAAAACCCGCAAAAAUAAUAAAACCUGAAAAACCAAUAAACCCGGGGAGAAUGGACUUUUAAAGCCAUCGUUGUUUGUUCGACAAUUACUUUUCCCCAAGAUAGGGCGACAUUGGAUGACAAACAACAUCACCAUAAAACGUAGAUGAAUCCAGAAUUUAAUUUUCCAGAGGAGAUUUCUUUUGAAUUUGUGUUGCUGCGGAAGACUACCCAACGGUACCUCAUGCAAUUUUUAACCGUCUCUCUCCCGCCGCAUUGUCGCCGACUGAACUGAACAUAUUAUACGGAUUCAUGAAUUGAUAUACAGGAAGCAGAGCUAAGCCGACAUGUACGGGUUCAUUAACAUUUGUGUCAAGGCAUUGGUUACAGAGAAAUUCGGAGAGGAAGCAUGGAUCAAAAUCAAGACACUGGCUGGAGUAGAUGACAGCUUCAUUUCUCACACAACCUAUACAGAUGGGAUUACGUUAAAACUAGUCAAAGCAGCUAGUGAUGUUGCAGGUCAACCAAUCCCGGUGAUCCUAGAGUUGUUUGGGGAGUUCUUCUUCACAUUCUGCCAGCGAUCCGGAUACGAUGAGAUGCUGAGGGUUCUUGGGUCAAACCUCAAGAGCUUCUUGGAGAACCUGGAUGCCCUCCACUCGUACCUCAGCUUCUCCUACAAGAAGAUGGAGGCCCCCUCCUUCCGGUGCGAGAGGAGGCAAUCGGACGGCGCCCUCAUCCUGCAUUACUACUCACAUCGGAAAGGAUUGCACCCCAUAGUAGUUGGCAUUGUUCGAGCGGUAGCAAGGGAAUUUUUCCAGAGUGAAGUGAGAAUGGAUGUCCUAGAUGAAACGCACGAGGAAGAGAGGAACGGGAAGAAAGAACACGUGACUUUUGCCAUCUUUCAAAAGAAACUACGAAUCAAGGAUCCUACUUCGCCAAAAUCGGUAUCCGAUAAAACGCAGCAGAGCGAGUCGGAACACAAUAAAGAGAACAUCACUACUGAUGAUAAUAUAUCGGUGACGUCAUCAGAAUGGGUGCCUUAUAAAUGGGACGAAGACCACAAUGUUCGACAAAGGCAGGAUCUUAAACCGAACAACGAACGGCCGGCGACCCUCAAUGUCCAAUCUCUGGUCUCCCUCGCAAACGACUAUGGAAGCUUCUCCCCUUCGUAUCCCGAAAAGCUCUGGCUGGACCAGCGGAUGUUCUGUGAAUACUUCCCCUAUCACCUAGUCUUUGACUCGAACCUCAGACUUCUGCAAUCUGGCGUUCACAUACAGAGGGCGCUGCCCAAGCUGCGGACCAUGGAAGACACCACAGUGGACAUUCUUUUCAACAUGUUGCAUCCGCAGAUUGACUGGAGCGUGCCCAGUAUACGCAAGUUUAUCAAUAUGCAAUUUGUCCUGGAGACGAAACGAGAGAUGAUAAUACCUGGAUGGGGGGAAGAACAGCCUAUGCUCCAACUAAGAGGUCAGAUGAUAUGGAUGGACUCCUUAGACGCCAUGUUGUUUGCCUGUUCACCACGUGUUGCCAGUCUGAAGGAGCUAGAGGAAAGAAAUCUUCAUUUAUCAGAUAUCCCUCUCCAUGAUAUCACCAGGGAUCUCAUCCUCUUCAAUCAUCAACGACUCGCAGAGAUUGAACUUGGGAAGCAGCUCGAACAGAAGAAGGAAGAGCUCCGGUCAGCGUUAGGAGAACUUGAGGCGGAAAAGAAGAAGACAGACAUGUUGCUCCAUUCUAUGCUUCCAAGACAGGUUGCAGAUCAGCUCCGAGAUGGCAAGAAAGUUGAAGCUGGCGAGUUCGAGCUGGUAACAAUUCUUUUCAGUGAUAUCGUGUCUUUCACCAAUAUUUGUUCUAAAUGCCGUCCCAUUGAUAUUGUCAACAUGCUCAAUGCUCUCUACACAAGAUUCGACAAGCUUACAUCGGUCCACGAUGUCUAUAAGGUCGAGACAAUAGGCGAUGCGUACAUGGUAGUAGGUGGUCUUCCCAUUCCGGUAGCCUCACACGCUGCUAGGAUAGCAAAUCAGGCACUUGGUAUGAUGGUCAUAUGCAAAGAGGUCAUGUCUCCGGUCACCCGGGAACCUAUCGGGAUUCGAGUUGGUAUUCAUUCUGGUCCCGUGGUAGCAGGAGUUGUAGGGGAGAAGAUGCCUCGAUACUGUCUCUUUGGUGAUACUGUCAACACUGCUUCAAGAAUGGAGAGCCACGGUCUCCCAAGUAAAAUUCAUCUCAGUGAUAAUACUUACAGAUGUCUUGAGGGUCAUUCGUUCCGUUUCAGCGAGAGGGGUGAAAUAAUGGUGAAGGGAAAAGGCAUGAUGAAAACGUACUUCCUCGAGGAGAACGGUGGGGCUAGCUUGGAUCAGAUUAUGGGUAAGGGCAGUUCCAAGGCUAGUACCCCGGAGAAGACGGAUAGGUGUAAGUCACCGCCAGAGACACCAACAAACAACAUGGCCAAUGGGGUGUCCUCCUUUCACCACAAUAGCACAGUGGUGGUGCCCAUGUGGUACCCGGAUAAUGACAUGAACGGCGGGAGUACAAUCCACGUUGCUCCAUCGAUAUUCCCCAAUGCAAGCACCAAUGACACAGAGUCAUCAAAGGAAGCAGCGAAUAUGGCUAACGCAGCGUGUGCUGCCACGUCCAGACCCGGUGCAGACGGCCAGGAUGCGAGGACUAACGAUGACGACAACGUAUCCAGCAGAAGCAAAUAUCUCGGUCAAGGAUCAGCGAAAACGCGACCGUUGCGAAGUGGUCGACCUCCCGACAUCCGGGGCUCUAAGACAUGCGUACUCUUAUGACGCACGCGGAUUUUAUCGAAGAACACUGAACAUUGCAUUUUGCAUGUAAAUUUCAACGAGCUCUAUCUACGCGCCAUGUUCUAGCCAACGAAAGACAAUUAGAAAUCAGUUGAAUUUUGUCCUACAUUUAUUGUCUUCGUCGAAACUCGAUUUGUUUUUUGUUCAUUAUUCAGAGUGAAGGUUUUGUAGUAAGGUUAAAGCAAA